AUGAUAAAACCUGGAGUUCAUUCUUCUAAAUCGAAGAAGAAAAACGGCAGCGCCUAUCGGAUCGUGUUGUUGGGAAAGACGGGAUGUGGGAAAAGCGCCACAGGGAACACCAUCCUGGGAAGAGAGGCGUUCCAGUCUGAGGCGUGUCCAACUUCUUGGACUCUCGAUUGUAAACGGGUCGACGGGGACGUCCGAGGCACACCGGUGGCGGUUGUCGACACACCGGGGCUCUUUGACACCAACUUCACCGGAGAAGAAGUGCUGAAGAAGAUCCAAGUUUGCCUCUCUCUGGCUGCGCCUGGUCCUCACGUCUUCCUGGUGGUCCUGAGGCUGGGGAGGUUCACCAAAGAGGAGGAAGACACCCUGAAUAUCAUUCUGGAAACCUUUGGUGAGGACAUCACCAAACACGCAAUACUGCUGUUCACUCACGGAGACAAGUUGAAAAAACAAACCAUUAAUCAGUUUAUUUCCAAGAGCGAGGCGCUGAAGAGCCUCGUCGACGGUUUCGCCAACAAAUACCACGUUUUCAACAACGAGUCAAAGGACGACAGACAAGUGGUGAAGCUGCUGGAAAUCAUUGAAAGAAUAAUUCUGGAUAAUCAGGGGAAGUGUUACACCAAAAAGAUGUUCAGCAGGGCGAAACGGUUGUCGAAGAAGGAGAAACAGAGGACGUCCAAGGCGCUGAAGGCGGUGGAGCAGCAGAGGAGGAACACGCUGAAGGCCGAGGUGGAGCACGACAUGAAGCUGACGGGGCGUUCCACGAAACCCAACAAAUGUGUUGUCCAGUGA